ACAUCCUUACAGGGUGGUGACGCCUCGUUGAAAAGUACGGUCUGCCCGACGCCUUUACCGUUCUGAUACUGCCUAGAGUUGCGCCCCACAGUUCUACGUUUGCUCGACCACCGAGAUAAGAUCAAGGCAGAUUUAGGAUGCGUCCAAUCGAGCACAACCGCUGCAGCUGCCGUGUCACCAGGACCAGCGGAGGGUCACCGAGGGUGCUUAAGGUCUGCACUUGCCAAUAAAAGCUGAGGGCGGAGCAGUGGAACCUUUUCUGAUCUGCAUUGUUUGACAGUCCGGACACCUACCCAUCUCCGUGGCCAUGAUGCAGCAAAACAUCACUGCUAAGUAUCCCAUCGGGAGCGAGCCCGGCCUCCACUUCAUACCCUAUUUGAUCUUCAUAUCCUACGUCGUCAGCUUGAUUGGCGCAAUUACGACAGUCGAACUCCUCCAUCGCAGAGUAUCAGGGAGCGGAUGGCGCAGUUGGGUGCAACUAGCAGCCUGUUCGGUCUCCUUCGGUCUCGUCGCAAUCUGGUGCAUGCACUUCGUUGGCAACCGCGCAAUCGUUCUCGGUGACGGAGAAGACGAAAUCCAGCUGUACUACAGCCCCGUCUACACCGCCGUGUCUGCCAUUCUGCCUAUCGUCGUGAUUUUCCUAGGAUUAUUGGUAGCCGACCGGUUCGUCAGAGGUAGCAGACGCUCCGUCACGCGCUAUGGCGCACUCGUGGUCUGCGGUAUAUGCACUGGAGCCGCCGUUACUGAGAUGCACUACCUUGGAAACCAAGGAACGACGAACUACCGACUCGGUCCCGGCCUCCCGUUCAUCAUCGGCGCCGCGGCGAUCGCGAUAGGGGCGUGCUUGAUUGCAUUCGGACUUUUCUUCCACUGGAGCAGACACUGGGUGAACAAUAUCUGGAGAAGAAUGCUCGUAGCCUGUUUCCUCGCUGUUGCCGUUUCUGGCAUGCACUGGACAGCCGCCGCUGGCACAGCAUACGAAGUGAGAGGUUAUCACACUGGACCAGGAAAGGCAAGGAACGUGAAUUUGAUCAUUGCUAUCUGUCUGUGUCUCGCGGCCUGUGUUGUCUGCUUCGUGAUUGGGUUAAUGAAGCAACGCCAGCAGAAGAAGCUCAGAGACCGCGCCCAACAGGUUGUGCUUGCUGUCGCAACAUUUGACGGCGAAGGGAGACUGCUUGUGACUCCUGGGGGCUUGCUGCCUUGCCAAACGAUAACCCGUCAAUUCCACCAAAGGACUUUCGACGAGGACUUCAAUACCCGACACCCGGUUUUCCAAUGGCUCUUCCGAGUAUCCCGUCAUUGGGGUGGCAUCAUCGAUUUGAUUCCUGCUAUGCGAGAUCAUCUGCAAUCCACGGGAUAUUUACAGACUCAAACACCAGUCAUGGGUAGUGGGGAAAGGACUUCGUUCGGAAGCGAUGAUGACACCUCGUACUCCGCUACCUUCCGUGAACUGUUCUGUGUGACAGCUCAGGAUAUUGCGAGAAGUCUUGAAACGAGACUACAAGACCUUGGGGCUCUCUACGAGGACGUUUCCACCACUGGAACGCUGCUGUCGAAGACAUUCUUCAGAGAUACUCACGGCAGAACGAUCAUCGCGGCGGACGUCGUGCCACAGGACGAAGCCGGGCUUGCAAGUCCUAUUCUCUUCGGGAGAGGACAGCUCCUAGUCAUCACUCGGAAGAUCGGGACCGACGAAGCGAAUCGCUUGCAGAAUGUGGGAUACAGGUUCGCCAGUAUGGAUCAGAUUGGCGACCAGCUCGCUCGCAGCUUGCAGGUUUCCCAUGAGGACCUUAACGGACUAGUCACCCGCCUUCAGGAAUUUUGCGUCAGGGAGUCUUUGAUCCCGAAGAAGGGAACGUACCUGGCCUCCUUCCUACUCCAGCCAUCCCCGGUCAUCAAAGGCCUAGACGUCAUCGUGCCCAGGCAAACUCCCGAUCGGUUGCCAAUGAUCAAGUUGACGACCGACACGCUCAAUCCGAGGCAAAUGAAACUCCUGUCCACGUUCAAUGGAUUGACUUUAGAGGACUGCCUUGGGCGGCUUUCCCGGUCUGGCUCAGCCACAGAGGACGAUGUUUUCCUCGAGAAGUUCCGUAAUAAGAUCCGUGAAUUGGUCAAAGAGGUGCCGGAACCCGCACUGCACCAAGCCAUCUUCUCUUCCCAGCAGCUCGAUAUCGCACACGGCAUGACCAGCCAGGACGCAUUUCAGGCCACCGUUUUCGCGUUCUGUGGGAUCAAGGAGGUCUACAGCCAGUCACUACAGAGUCCGGGUCUGCGAUGCAUACCGCUAUCAUUCUUCCGCACCAACCUCAGAACUUAUCCCCGCUGCCCAGACCACGCCAUUCUGGCGCACAAGAACCACAAGGAGUUCAGCACACUACUAUCUUCAUCGACAGACAUCCAGGCGACGUCGGCCAGAUCGGGAAGCAAAUGGUCCAAUCUCUUCCGAGCAAACAGCAACUCGAUAUCCGAGACCACCUUGAACCCAGAUAGCAGCUCGGAGAAGGGUCUGGUCAACCCGUCGCAUGUUGGCGCCGAUACUCCCAGCAACAGCGGUCAUCCGUUUGGAGGCAUAAUGGUCAGCCAUGAUGUCGUGAUCAGCGAAGACCAGAAGCACUCCUGUCACGUGGAGCUCCGCGAGCUGGGCGUUCGAUCUGAAGCUGGUGUCGCAGAUACAGAGCAGCUGACCUUGGCUGAUAGACUUAUGUCUAUCACCACAUCGUUCCGUGACCCUCACGCGAGGGCCCUGACACGGGAGAAUUAUGGUCGACGGUAGCUAUGAUCUCUCUUCUUUCAUCUCUCUUGACAUUUAACCGUCGACCACUCACUAGGUGGCGGGUGUAUAUGUAGUAAUGCCGUUUCAUGUCGCCAUGAAUGUGGGUGGGAAAGAACGGGGUGGGCGGCUAUCUGCUUUUUUUCUGAAAAGGGUAGUACUGUGUAUCAUCUGGGAUGGGAGGAUGCCUGUUGGCGCUACGGUGAACAUUUCAUGCGGGAUGGGCAUGAUACCUUGUAGCAUACAUUAUGUACAGUGAGUGUAUAGUCAUCUGCGGAUGAAUAAUGGACAUUUUGGAAUCCGGAAGAACGAGGAUGGGGAGCUUUCGCAAAUUCACCGAUCCUCCCUCGGUUUGUUCGGAGGGGCUCUUGGCGAAGACGUCAACUCGCCGACUUUUUGUGCCCCGCGUGUUG